AUGGGAGAUUAUCCCAACGGAAGGAAGACAAUCAUCCUCUACACGCGGUUGUUUGGGAUUCAGGGAAGCUCGAUAGACUUCCCAGCCUUGGGUACUGUACAGUACCCAGUCACCCAGUCUCUGCUGUACCUGGCUGGCCUUGCCUGUCCUGUCCUGUCCUUGGCACUCGUCAUCGCGACCACGGCACCAAUGGCACACGGCACUACGGCACUGUACUUUAGGGUCCUAACGUUAGCAGGCCAGGACAUAGGACAGGGCAGGCUGAAGUCCGGGCAUGCUGGCAUGGUGGGCCAGGGCAGGGCAGAGCAGCGCAGAGCAGCGCAGAUCAGAUCAGAUCAGAUAAUGCAUUCUAGGAUCCAUUCAGGGGACACCUGCAGUAUGAACGGCAAGCUCACCGUCUGUCCACCUCGACUAACAUCGUUGCACUCUUCUCACUGCGGUGCGCUCUCGGGGGUGGGCCAGGGGAGGAGGGGAGGAGGGGAGGAGAGCUCCAUCCGUGUCGAGUCGCGCCUCGACUGCGGUGCAUUACCUUCGACCUCUUCCAACUCUUGUCUCCUCUGCCUCGCCGACACCAACACCACAAGCAAGCACAUACAGACCAACACCACAAACACCGUCAACACCACCGCCGUCAUGUCCGCCCCCGUCAUCCCCCCUGGUGGCACCUUCUUCGACGCCAACACCUUCAAGCGCUCCUUCGUUGACGUCCCAAUCGACGCCGACAAGAACAAUGCCAUUGCUACCAAGGAGUUCAUCGAGGCCGCCGAGUCUCUGACCCCCAUCUUCGGCACGCCACCCCAUCCCGUCGGGCAGAUGCACCUCGCACCUGGAAGCUAA